UCUCCCCUCUCUCUUCUCUCUCAUUCUUCAAUCUUCAUCAAUGGCAAUUCUGCGUCUCCUCUUACUCUUCCUCUUCUUUUUUUCUCUGUCUGAGGCUUCCACACCAGCCACUCUGUUCCUUCCCAUUACGAAGGAUGGUGCAACCCACCAAUAUGUGACUCGCAUCUAUCAAGGCACUCCGCUUACCCCCUUCCCCCUUGUCCUCGAUCUUGCCGGUCAAUUUUUGUGGGUUGACUGCGACUCCGGCUACUCCUCCUCCUCCUAUCGAUCUGUCCGCUGCCGCUCCAUCCAGUGCGCUGCCGCCAAUGCCCAACGCUGCGGCCUCUGUUUCUCUACUCCUCGCCCCGGCUGUAACAAUCACACCUGUGGUUUGUCCCCAGAGAACACCGUCACCGGCACUGUCACCAGCGGCGAGCUUGCAGUAGACGUGAUAGCCCUUCCCUCUGCGUACGGAUCAGAGCCUGGCCCAAUUGCUACCGCCCAUCACUUCCUCUUCUCGUGUGCCCCAACUCCCCUCUUGGCUCAUCUAGCGAGCGGUGUCAGGGGAAUGGCGGGCUUCGGUCGCAACCGAAUUGGGUUACCGUCGCAGCUUGCAGCAGCGUUUAAUUUCGACCGGAAGUUCGCCAUCUGUUUGCCAUCGUCAACCGCAUCGGACGGAGUUGUUUUCUUCGGCAAUGGGCCUUAUACGGUGGUUUCAGGCAUCGACCUGUUGGAGACACUACAGUACACCCCUGUGAUCGUCAACCCGCUACUGCCUGACGAUUACUUCAUCGGAGUGGAGUCCAUCAAAAUCAGCGGCAAGAAGCUAUCGUUGAAUGCAUCCUUGCUCUCGAUCGACGACAGAGAAGGCACCGGAGGAACCAAGCUCGGCACAGUUGUUCCGUACAGCACAAUGGAGAGCUCUAUCUAUGCAAUCUUUACCAAAGCUUUCGAAAGAGCUGCCAUUGCCGCUUUCAACAUGACGAGAGUGGCAUCGGUGGGACCUUUCGGCGUCUGCUUUAGCUCGGAAAGCGUGGAUAUCACGCGAACUGGUCCGUCCGUGCCCACCAUCGAUCUGGUGUUGCAGAGCGAGAUGGUGUACUGGAGGAUCUCCGGUGCGAAUUCGAUGGUUCAGGUAUCGGAAGAUGUGAUGUGUCUGGGGUUCCUGGACGGAGGGCCGAACGCAAGGACGUCGAUCGUGGUGGGAGGGUUUCAGUUAGAGAACAAUCUUGUACUGUUGGAUGUGGGUGCUUCGAGACUGGGGUUCAGUUCUUCGCUCUUGACCAGACAAAUGACGUGUUCCGACUUCAACCUCCGUCCGAUUCGCAGAGUCUCUUCAUAGUUUUUUUGGAUUAAACACGUAAAUUUUAAUUUACUGACGUGUAAUCGGAUAUCUGUCACAUAUUCACAUGUGAAUGAAAUUUUACUUUUUCCAUUAAAGGAGAA